UUGUUAUUCAAAAACUGUUUUAUCUCUUCUACAAUGGGAUUCUUUUUUCAUUCUAAAACUGCAGAAAGCACAGAUCAUUGCAUGUCUCUGUCAAACUCCACCUAUCACAUCCACCUGAAGGAAUAUCACGAGUUUGCUCCUAGUUUUAGUUUAGCAGAAAAAAACAGUACUUCAAGUCAGUAAAACAGAGUAAACAUUUGGGUAUUUUGUAGUUCUGUAUGUUGUGGUGCAUAACAUCUGGCAUCAAAUAGAUAUUUCUCCCAUACAAGCACACAGGCAAGCUAUAGGUUUUAUUGUACAUAGAACAUAAAGAUUUCUCAUUGGUACAUGAGUUUGUUUAUACUGUAUCUGUCAGUCUAUAGAAGUCAUUUCAUUGUCAUCUGAUUCUGCAACCCAGUUCUGGUGAAAAAAAAUCAGAUAUUAGCCCAUAUAAAGAUGUGUGUGAUUUUGAAACGUUGAUUGUUGACAAAAUGUUGAAUAUAUUCUGAAUAAUAAGAGAAAUUAUUAAUGUACAAAAUAAAAAAACAAACGAACUCUUCAGAAUGAAGAUUGUAUUGAGUUAUGUUUUGUAUGGAGAUGACUCGAGGGGGACUGUGAUUCGAGGGGUUUAGGCAUCAGUCUGCUCUGACUUAGUUUAUGUCAUCGGUUUCACAGUGACACGGUACCUCACUGUGGCGCAUUUUGACGGAUGCACAGAGAUCGCGCCUGGGGCGCGCACGCCCGAAUUACCUGGUCUGUCUGAAGUCAAAGCAUAUACAGGGGGAGACGAAAGUGAGAAGAAAAAAACGCAUGUUGUGGCAGUAGGCUAACUGUGAUAAUUAUAAAAAUAAAACCAAGAAAGACAAAAAAGAAUAUUAUUUCGAUAUUUUCAAAUUUGCAACAUUUUUGGACAGUAGGCCUAUUUAAAUUAUUCACAAUGAUUUGGUUUGCCGUUCUUCGGUCACGCCGACAAAUGAUCUUUGUGAAGCUUGUCAAGGGUGCAUAUGAUUUGCAGCGGAGGCGUGGGUUUCCUUCACAGUAUCUUUAAAAUAGUUAUUUAGGGAAAGUCAAGGCCAUUCAGAGAGAGCAAACUGCGAAUGCAAAUUCUUACAGAAAAUAAUUAUGAAAAAUUGUCGGUUUUGUCUUGGCUUUCCUAAACAGCCGAACCUAAGUUUAAAACGCACUGUCCUAGUUGUGGAAAAAGUAAUUCGCUUAUCCACAUUCUAAUUAACCUUUUUUUCGUAUUAGCCAGAAAACACGGCCGAUGUUUUUUUUUCAAGCUAAGUUAUGAUCUUUUCUUUUUAAGUCUCGAAAAUAGAAAUGCUUUUUUUGAUAGUCCCUCCCCUGGAGUGCCGCACCAACCUCGUUGAACAGCGAUGAAGAGGAGCAGGAAAAGGAGUACGAAUGGGAGGGGUGGCUUGAAGCGGGGAAAGGGAGAGGGAGAGUGCGCGCACGGCGAAAUAUGCAGCACCAGUGGCAAGGAAACACACCCGUCAGCGGCGCGCAGAGAAAAAAAGGAUAAGCGCGGACAAAGGAAACAUGGGCGCAUACAUGAAGUAUUCGUGCGCUUAUUUGGAAACCACAAUUAGGGCAUUGUGCACAUAAAUGGAAAACCAAUUAGGUGACUUUAAUGCUGAAGUGGGAGGCAAGAUAUUGCAAACUGAAAAGGCGGAGUGCUGUUUUUAAUCCGUCUGCGGAUCCUAUGAUCUUGCGAUGGCUUUUGCAGGGAUACGUGAUUGCCUAGACAAAAAAGUGCCUCUUUCCUUUUUGGUAUUUUUAUUAUUUUGUGGCCUUGCUCUUGGACAAAUACGAUAUUCCGUGCCAGAGGAAUCUGAGAGUGGAACGAUUGUAGGUGAUAUUGCACAGGAAUUGGGUCUGGAUAACCGAAAGCUCUCCACCCGAAAAAUAAAGGUAACCUCUAACAGCGGCAAAAGGUACGUGGACUACAAGAAUGGAAAUUUGUUGGUAAAUGAGAGAAUCGACAGAGAAACAUUGUGUGAUUCGAGCACCGUGUGUGUCUUGAAUUUAGAGGUUCUUCUUGAAAAUCCAUCUGAAGAGCAUAAUGUCGAGGUGGAGAUAACAGACGUGAAUGAUAAUACGCCGCAGUUCCCCAGAGACGAGUACCAACUGGAGAUUACUGAAUCUGCUUUGCCAGGUUCUCGUUUUCCAAUCGAGCACGCGCAAGAUCCGGACAUCGGCACCAAUUCUGUUCGAUUAUACCGGCUCAGUCCAAACGAGCAUUUUGCUCUCGAUUCCAACAAACCCUCGUUGAAUACUAAGCACAUCGAGCUCGUUCUCAAAAAGCCAUUGGACCGCGAGUUCGCCCCUUACCAUCAGUUAAUCCUGACAGCUACAGACGGCGGCACACCAGCACGAACAGGUACCGCAAAAAUUAAUGUUCGAGUCUUAGAUUCAAAUGACAACAACCCCGUAUUUGACAGCUCAGUGUACAAAGUCAAACUGCUUGAAAAUUCGCCAAAAGACACUUUGGUUAUUAAAUUAAAUGCCACGGAUCAAGAUGAAGGGACAAACGGGGAGGUGCUUUAUUCAUUCAGCAGUUACACCCCAGACAGGGUCAGACAAAUGUUCAGCAUGGACACUAACACUGGAGAAAUCCGUGUGAGGAACAAUGUGGAUUAUGAGGACACCAAUUCAUACGAAAUGUAUAUCCAGGCCAUGGACAAAGGCCCAGCUCCAGUGGCGGCCCAUUGCAAAGUAGUGGUGGAAGUUGUAGAUGUGAAUGACAACGUUCCAGAGAUUGUUCUUUCUUCUUUAUCCAGUCCUGUGCGUGAAGAUGCCCGUGCGGACACCGUGGUGGCCCUGAUCAGCGUGACGGACCGUGACUCUGGUGCAAACAAACAGGUGACCCUUGAGAUUCCACCUGGCCUUCCAUUUAAAAUCAAAUCCUUUAGAAAUUACUACACUUUGGUAACCUCUGCCUUCUUGGACCGUGAGACCACAGCGGCCUAUAACGUCACACUUAGUGCCACGGAUGGCGGUACCCCUCCCUUAUCUUCCCAAAAGACCAUUCAGGUGGAUGUUGCGGAUGUGAAUGACAACCCUCCACGCUUUGAGCAGACGUCCUACACUGUCUAUGUCACGGAGAACAAUGCACCUGGAGCCUCGCUUUGCACCGUCAAGGCUCAGGACUCAGAUGUCAACGAAAACGCUCGCAUCACCUACACGGUUCUAAAUGACAACAAUCAUGGCAUCCCUGUCACCUCCUAUGUGUCAGUAAAGGCAGACACAGGUGUUGCAUACGCCCUUCGCUCGUUCGACUAUGAGACAUUACGGGAAUUUCACUUCCAGGUCAAAGCUCAGGAUGGUGGUAUCCCACCACUCAGCCGUGUGGCCACUGUUUAUAUUUACAUCAUGGAUCAAAACGACCACCCGCCUGACGUUAUAAAUCCCCCGGCCAAUGGCACCCGCUCAACCGAGACGGUGCAGAAGAAUGCAGAACCAGGUACGCUGAUCACGAAGGUAGUGGCCUAUGACGCAGAUGCAGGACAGAACGCAUGGAUCGUCUACCUGCUGGACCAGGCCAGCGAUCUGGACCUGUUUAAAGUGCAUGAGCACACAGGAGAGAUUCGCACCACGCGCCGAGUCCUGGAGGAUAACUCCACCUCUUUUAGUCUGACCGUAUUAGUAAAGGACCAUGGUGAGCCACCUCUAUCGUCCACCGCCACCAUCAACGUUGCCGUCAUGGAAGUGCCACCUAAAUUCACGCCCGACCCCAAAAGAAUCAUUCGCCCUCACAGCACACUUUUGUUUUCCAAUGUGACAUUGUACCUCAUUGUGGCCUUGAGUGCCACCACGUUUGUGUUCCUGGUGACGGUGGUUGUGUUGGCUAUUGUGCGAUGCCAUGCCUACUGCACCCAGCCAGGGUCAUGCUCACCUUGCUGUGUGUCCCAGAAGGCCCAGGCAGAGGGUUGCUCUGGAGGAGGAGGGGGAGGUGCUGGUUCUCAACCCAACAACAACGUAGUGCUUCGCCGAGACCUUAAAGUGGAACCUCAUUACAUUGAGGUCCGUGGUAAUGGCUCCCUGACCAAAACCUACUGCUACAAGACGUGUCUGACUGCUACAUCUGGCAGUGACACCUUCAUGUUCUACAACACGGGCCGACCCAUCAGUGGCACCUGGGGCUCCGAGCGCUAUUUUACCCAAGGGAGCGGAUUCGUUCGCAGGCUCAGCAUGCCAGAUGCAGCAGGUUUACAGCCCAAAGGACCGAAUGCUGACUGGCGUUACUCUGCAUCGUUGAGGGCAGGAGUGCAGAGUUCUGUGCAUAUGGAGGAGGCAUCAGCUGUCAUGCAGGGGGCGCAAGGCAUGCUGGUCCAGAACUGGCCCACGGUGUCCAGUGCUGCAGAUGGGGAGGGAGAGGGGCAGCUGUCUCCUCCUGUCGGAGCUGGAAUCAACAGUAACAGCUGGAGCUUCCGCUAUGGUGCUGGCCCUGGUUACGGCCCUCCUCAAGCCCUGAAGCCAGGAGAGAUCCCCCCUGAAGCCUUCAUAAUUCCAGGCUCUCCUGCCAUCAUCUCCAUCCGGCAGGACCCAGGUGCCGUGGAUGAUAAGGGCGAGUUCAUCACUUUUGGAAAGAAAGAAGAAUCCAAGAAGAAGAAAAAGAAGAAGAAGGAAGGAAAGAAAGACAAAAAGGAUAAGGGAAAAGAUGAUGGAGAUGAGUAAAGAAGAUUGGGCUACCAAAAUAUUACAGCUAUCAAGUUAUGUUUGUAGCAGAAGUUAAGAGAAAGAGAAAACCAAAUAUAUUGAAAACAUAAAAAGAGGAAACAUGUGUUUAGUGGCUAUGACUACUAAACUACCAUACCUAUCAUGCCCAGUCCUUGCCAGAAGAUGGUUUGUGUAAAAAAAUAAAAAAUAAACACGUUUCUGUGAAUGAUUGGCUACUUCCCUAGUUCUGACCAUUGAAAUUUAUCCAAGAAAGCACUUCAGUAUGCAAAAUGUAAUCUGAGCCCACUCGAACCUUUUAAAUGGCAUAUACAACUGAGAUGAGUCAAGUCCCUCUCCACUUUUAAAAGGAUUUAACAAAUUUCCAGUUAAACUGGAUAUGAACUCUCACGCCAUACCAAGAGUGGAAUUUGCUUUCGACUUGCCAAGAGAAAGAAAACAAUCUCCUCUGGCCCAUGUCAUGCCUUGAUCUGCUGGAAACAAAGCUUUGUCAUAAAAUAUGGCAAAAUCUAACUGCAACUUUAUCAGAGCUGGGCACAUAUGUGUGUUUGUAAAAGACAGCUGUCUGACUCCUGUUAAAGCAAAUCUUAAGUAAACGAUUCCAGGCACAUAUGCAGGAAUGUAGCAGUGUAUAUCACCACACUUGCAUUCGUUUACACACACCGACUCAAUACAGGGCAAAGAGAUAUCCAACACCAACUUGCAUCCUGUUCCAAAACUAAAGCUGAAGCCUCAGAAUAUGAGUGCUUUACUCAAUAUAUUUUAUAAGAGCAAGUAUAUCUCUGCUUACACAAUAAAAAAUAAUGCACAUCCAAAUUGUACGAAUCUAAAUUUAUACAGACAAUGAUGUGCAUAGAGCUCCACUUACAAAACUCUAGUUUCUAGAAGCUCACGAGAUUCUUGCUGAUGCAUAACAUAUUCAGAAACGCCUGUACGGAACCGCUGGCCGUCUACACCAUGUACAGCUAAGGCCACCACAAGACUGGUGCAGUCUCUCAGAGUCUGUAAAAUAUAACAGUAUGGAUGCUUGUUGCUUAUUUCAAUACACACUCUCCCUCUGCUGCUGUUUUGAAUGUUUGAUAGAUUUUCUCAAAGCAUCAUCUUGGUUCCUGCCAGCUAUUUGUCUUAGUCCAGCAAUGUGUCCUUAUACCCUCUGCUUGUACUUUUUCUGAUGUUACCACUACUGUGUGCUCAGCCCCAUGUCAGUACUGCCCCCUGGUGGCUCACAUUGUACAAUGUGAUCAGAAUCAUAGAUUUCAAUUAUCUCAAGUUUGGGCAAAAGGCAUUUCUCUUGGAAAGAUAAGCACACUUACACGCACACACCAAUGUUUAUGCCCUUACAGUUGUGGAAACACCGUGGACUAUGCAGUCAUGCUUGUGUAGAUGCCAUGAUUUCUAGAUUCAGUAUAUGGUGCUUACUUAGGCAAAAUUGGAGAGUAGGUGGAGAUUAGAUGGUGAUUAGAUUAAGAGGACCACAGUGGUGGCAGUACCAAGUGUUUCUACUGUACAUAGCCAUGGGGAAACGUACCUUAAUGACAGUUUCAUAGAUGUUGAUUUGAUUUAUGUAAAUAAUCUGAAUGCUUUUUAACAUUCAGACAUGCUUUCAUUUUCUGUUGUCUCUCAAUUUUCCCUAAUGUCUAGUCUGUAGAGAUUCCGUUCAGUAAAGGAGAAUAAUGUUUGCACUGCUAUGAGACUGUAUCAUCAUAAAGCACACACACACACACACACACACACGCACACACACACACACUUUCAGGUGUGCUUCAGUGCUGUCAGAUCACCAAGUGACUGUUUGCAUGUUAAACGCAGUUAAAACAGAAAUGAUAUAUAGAUAUAAAUAAACAAAUAUGUUUUUCAUAAUUAUUUUUUCUCAAUUAUAAUGGAAUUGGAGAUGUGCAUCGUCUCUAUUGAGCUACGUAACAUAAGUCCAAGUACUCACUCAGACAUACGGAAACAUGCACAUACAGAGAGAAACACGCAGAGCAUCAAAUAACACAAAAUAUUGGCCAUGUGCCAAAUGACAUUAACAUUCUAGUAUAUGUAAUGCUGUAAUGUUAUGGUCUGAAUCUCUUUCCUUUACAGCCUUAUGAUUUCUGAAUCUAAAAGGAUCUUUUGUUUUGUGCUAGGCUUUGAAAUCCUUCCUGAAACACUGUAAUGUGAACCAGUUCCUUCGUCCCUAUAGUAUAAACCUAUCCCCAUAAAAUAUAUUAAAAAAUAAUAUAAAAAGGUCAAAAUGAUAAAAAAAUAAAAAGGGUCUAUGUAUUCUGCUUGUGUGUAGUAAAUAUCUAUCAACUCAUUCAGUGCCAUGGUGGUGCUAUGCUUUUGACUUUGAUGGUGCAAAUCUGUUAGACAAAAAUUUUGUACACCUGCUCAUGAGUGUAAUGGUGUUUAUUAUUUUAUAUUACUUUAUGAAAUCUGGUAAUGUGUUUCGUAUAUAAAUUACAAAUAAAGGUUUCUUUCAUAAGUAUUAAA